GUACGGUGUGGAUGUGAAAAGCCGAGACGCCCGUGGCCAGACGCCUCUGUCUUACGCCCGGCGAGCCGGAAGCCAGGAGUGCGUUGACAUUUUACUCCAACAUGGCUGCCCCAACGACUCCAGCAGCCUGACCUCGGCGUCCACGGCCAACGUCAGCCUCCGCAACCCCAACAUCAACAACAACAACGCCCAGUGUGAUCUCAACCGCAGCAUCAGCAUCAUGUAGAAGCCAGAUCGCCACUGCGGACAGAAACACACAAAAGAACCCCCAGCUGUGUCUCUUCUUCCUCCUUCCUGUUUCACACUGUGCAAACCAGAAUCUGUACAAACGGAGACGCAUCAGGAGCGAGCGACUUACAGUUCACAUUUCACUACGCUGCAAGUUUGGAUUCGGAGAUUGCUUUUUAAAAUAUUGUUCAUUUUGUUUGUUAACUUUAUUCAGUCUU